CGCUCCGAGCCGGUGCGGGCAUGGCAGCAGCCUGAGCGCCGGGCUGCCGUGGGAACUGGAGGGGAAGGCGGUGCCCCUGCCGGAGGCGGGAGCCAUGGCAGAGAAGCGCGCGGGCGCGCAGGCGGCUGGCGGCAGCUGGCUACAAGGCUUUGGCCGGCCAAGUGUUUACCAUGCUGUUAUUGUCAUCUUCCUUGAAUUCUUUGCAUGGGGCCUGUUGACAACUCCAAUGUUGGCUGUUCUACAUGAAACAUUUCCUCAACACACAUUCCUCAUGAAUGGUCUCAUUCAAGGUGUAAAGGGCCUGCUCUCAUUUCUGAGUGCCCCACUCAUAGGCGCUCUUGCUGAUGUGUGUGGAAGAAAGCCUUUUCUCCUUGGCACAGUUUUCUUCACUUGCUUCCCUAUUCCACUGAUGAGGAUCAGCCCAUGGUGGUAUUUUGCAAUGAUUUCUGUAUCUGGAGUCUUCUCAGUUACAUUCUCUGUGAUAUUUGCCUAUGUAGCUGAUAUUACUCAGGAGCAUGAACGAAGUACUGCUUAUGGAUGGGUCUCAGCCACCUUUGCAGCUAGUCUGGUCAGCAGCCCAGCCAUUGGAGCAUACCUUUCUGCCAGUUAUGGAGACAGCCUUGUGGUGCUGGUGGCCACAGUGGUGGCUCUUCUGGGCAUCUGCUUCAUCUUGGUAGCUGUUCCAGAAUCUCUGCCGGAGAAAAUAAGACCAGUUUCCUGGGGAGCUCAGAUUUCUUGGAAACAAGCAGACCCUUUCGCGUCAUUGAAGAAAGUUGGAAAAGAUUCUACUGUCUUACUUAUAUGUAUCACUGUGUUUCUUUCAUAUCUUCCUGAAGCUGGACAGUAUUCAAGUUUUUUUCUGUAUCUCAGGCAGGUCAUAGGUUUUGGAUCUGUUAAAAUUGCAGCAUUCAUAGCUAUGGUGGGAAUUCUGUCUAUUGUGGCCCAGACGGUCUUUCUUAGCAUCUUGAUGAGAUCACUGGGGAAUAAGAACACUGUCCUCCUUGGGUUGGGCUUCCAAAUGCUGCAGUUGGCAUGGUAUGGUUUUGGAUCUCAAGCCUGGAUGAUGUGGGCGGCAGGGACUGUGGCCGCCAUGUCCAGCAUCACAUUCCCAGCGGUCAGUGCCCUCGUCUCUCAGAAUGCAGAGCCAGAUCAACAAGGAGUUACCCAGGGAAUCAUAACUGGAAUAAGAGGACUAUGUAAUGGCCUGGGGCCAGCACUGUAUGGCUUCAUAUUCUACAUGUUCCAUGUUGAACUGACCGAGUUGGGCCCAGAAUUGAAUUCUGGAAGUGGUGCCCUACAGGGAGCUGUCAUCCCAGGCCCACCAUUUUUAUUUGGAGCAUGUAUAGUUCUUAUGUCUUUUCUGGUUGCCUUAUUCAUCCCUGAAUACCGUAAAGCCAGUGGAGCUCAAAAACACAGCAACAGCAUCAUCAGUGGUAGCCUGACCAACACCCCAGAACGGGGCAGUGAUGAGGACAUUGAACCACUGCUGCAAGACAACAGCAUCUGAGAGCUUUCCUCCUUUGAGGAGCCUGGGAGUCAGAGUACUGAGCUAUAACUUGAAGAAGGGGAGUUCUGCAGAUGUCAACUCUCAGAGUCUUCAGGGGAGCCACACCACAUGGAGACUUCAUGGUGCUGGAGGGGCCAGGUUGAUAAGUGAUUCCUUCUUCCUUCUACCCCCUAUCUCUCUCUCCUCUUGUUCUUUUUUUCCAUUCUUUUUCUGUUUGUACAUUAGAACAAAGUAGUGUGCAAAUAGUGUGCCAUUCUCAAGAUUAUCUGGAAUCCAAACUUUGAAUCUCAAAUACAAAAGGUCGUAUCUCUCAGAGAAAAUGGCUUUCUGCUGGGCAGGGUGAUACAUGCCUGUAAUCCCAGCAUUCAAAGGCUGAGACAAGAGGAUCACAAGUUCAAGACUGGCCUGGACUACAAAGCAAGUUCAAGGCCAGCCUGGACUACACAAUGAGACCCUGUCUCAAAAGAAAAACAAAACAAAAAAACCGGCUUUCCUUUAAUAACUGGAGUAAGAGACAGUGCUCUUUCUACACUCUUUUCACUAGAAAGUGCAGGAUUGUAGUGGUACUGCCAUCUUGGGCAAGAUUUCAGGUAAAGAUUCCCUUCUUUCUUCCUUCCUCCUCCUCUGGAUGACACCCAAAAAUUUUAGCCCACAGGUAUUGAUGAGUGGCCACUCUUGAGAGUAACCACUCAGUAUCAGGGAUCCACUGCCUUUGUCCAAAGGUCAAACAAAAAACUAUAGUUUUACUCUCCCUUUGUUUUUUUCUAUUUCCUAUGCUUGUCUCAAUAAACAAUAUUGACUAAUGAUCAUCUUUAGCAGAUGAAGGAAAUCUUUCUUACAAAUUGAAAUCAUAUUAAAAUAGCAAAUCAGAUUACUGCACCUAGCAUCCUGGUCAGAUCCACAGUGAUUUUACAGAGCAAAACAAAACUUCAUCUAGCUGGGUGUAAUGGUGCACACCUGUAAUCCCAGCUACUCGGGAGGCUAAGGCAGGAGUAUUGUGAAUUCAAGGCCAGCCUGGGCAACACUGCAAGACCACCUGUCUCCAAAAAAAGAAAAAAAAAGUCUUCUAAUGGCAACAAAGAAAUGGAGGAUUAAACUUCUUAGAAAGUUUUUAAUAAUUUGAACAUUCCUGAGAGGCUGAGAGUUAGUUACUGCGCACCAGUGGAGUUUAUAUCUCAGUUCUCUUAUAAUAUAUUAUUACUAUUUGCUUUUUCCCACAUCUCCCAAGUCCUCCUCAGUUUUUCUCAUCCAUCACACACCUGCCUUAACUGCUAUGUAGUAUGCAUUUGUUUUCAGUUAAUCUUUAUCGCAAUCUCUUUAUCAGACUUCUGAAUCUCAUGGGAUAUGCACAUUAAAUUCCUUUAUAAAAUAUGAGGGUUUAGUGAAGUCCAGUUUCACAAGUGUCUUGCUAAUUUUUUGAGAUGUUUUAUGGACAAAGACAACUUUACAGAUUUAUAUGUAUUUUGCUGCACAGUAAAUGGACCAUUAACUAGGGCCUUCCAAUUUAACAAAGCACUCCUUUGAAAGUUUUAUAGGUAUGAAAUAUAUGUAGAUAUUUGUAAGGGUUUUAAUUUUUUUUGAUGGAGUGCUGUGUAAAUCUUGUAUUUAUAAAUGUAAUGAAGGUAUUGACAGAAAAAAUAUAUACAACUUUUAUAAAGGAUUAUGUGCUGACUGAAUACAUUUAAAAGAAAAUAUAUUUUGAAACCUGUUCAGACAUGGACAGAAAUAACAUAUCUUUUUACUGCUGUUGGUUUUAGGUUAAGCUUCCUAAUGCAUAAUAAAUUUGCAAUGGAUA